UUAGGUGUAAGCGCGUUCUACGUCCUUUACGUUACAAGCGCCAGAAGUUGUACAGUUUAUAUUACUUGUUUGCUUACCUAAAGGACGCUGUCGAAUAAGCAGAAGUAUGCAAGUGGAUUCUGGGUCGUUAGGCGUAAGAAAUAUAAUUUGACACUUGACUAAUAAUACGGAAGAUUAAUAAAGGAGAAAUAAUGGGGAAUUUUGUGAAUUAUUAAGGCGAUUCCUUAGGAAAUGUCUUUGUGAAUAUGAGCGAAAUUACAUCAGGUUGUCGCUUUUUUUCCAGACCGAUGCGAUUAGUUGGUUUCCUCCUGUGUAAUACCCUGUCAAGUGGAAAUAUCUAGUAAUUAACGUUCCUUUUUAUUUUGUCAAAUGUCAGAAUGGGAAUUUUCACCAUAUAGCAAUUAACUACUUAAACUUCCCCAAAAUUACCAUCGUACUGUCUACUCCCUGGAAUUUCCUACGAACUGUCUACUUUUCUCUCAUAUUAACAUUUUAAGCCGUUGAAUUUAUGUGUUAUCAACAGACUAGUCUACUACCAUCUUUAUACGUAGGCAGUUUGCCCUCAAUUCCUCAGGGCAACCUAAUUUUCUACGCACUCUAAAUAGUUCAUAAACUUGGUUUGUGUAUAAAAAGUUAGUAACACGUCUCGCCUACGUUUUGCUUGAAUGGUCUAUAGUAUUUACCUACAGGUGAUAGUUAAACAUCAAAUUUUUGACUAGUAGAUAUUGUUAUCUUAAACUAUUCCGUAAAAGGAGAAAGAAUGUAAUUAAAGUGUGGUUUAUUAAACGUAUUUAUUUUUUUAGGAGUGCUCUCUAGUUCAAACAAGAUACUAAUGAAGACCUUAUAAAUCCUAGAGUAGCGUUUAAUUGCAAUAGUCACAUUUACGAUCAAAUAAUAACAAUCUAAUCAUUUCUUUAACCUUCAUGUACUAGGUUUCAAGUCUAAGAAACGAUAAAGUGUGAAACACUGCACAAUUUUCUGUUCUUUGUGAUAAAUAGGAACCCCAUUGUCUACGUUAUCUGUGGCAGAAAUCGGGUACUCAAAGCUGUAUUUAGUGAAUAAGUUAGUAGUGUACAGAAUGGCUAGUAUGGUUGAAAAUUGGCCACCAUGACUCAUUACUCAUUUCAUAUCUUCCUCUAAAUUGUACAUAAUCUAUCGUUUUUUUCAUAUAUUUGUUCGCUUUAAACUGAUUAGUAUUAUUAUUUGGACACAAACAUUGGUACAAGAGAGCAUCAAAUACAUAUGCGCCACACAGUUAUUAUUGAUUUUUGUGUAAGGGAUAUGGUACUGCCCGGGUGCCCGGACCGAAGCAGGUGGUUUUCUUAGGAAGUCACUCUCCGAGCCUUUGACCUUAAAGUCUAAUCCAUGCGACAGUGGGGCAACGUUAGGAGAUGCAGUCCCACAGUGGCCGGUGCCCAACAGUGGGUUUUAACGUCAUUAUCCCCUCAUGUUCCUGGAGUCCACGUAGACUUCUGGGUUUUCAAAUUCCCGUAGGUGGAUCCUCCCUAUCCACUGACCUGGUUAAGGCAGCGUACAUUCGGCUUUUGUCCUCUCAAUUUCGUAAUCAAUACCCCCACCUUGAGAGGGCGUUGAGCCGGACUUCGCUGACAGUGUCUGUAUACGUGUGGUCUUGUGAGUGUUUUGAGAGGGAGAGCUGACUCUCCUCGACUCCGACCAUACUAGGGCAUUUGACGGCUAAUGUUCUCGUUUGUUUCGAUAAAAAGGUGUGACUAAUUUUUUGUGUUGAUAUCUGUGUAUAUGGAGUUAAUUUAACGUAUUUUAUUUUAGAAAAUGGGACUGUGUACCAAUCCUAGUUUAGUCAUCCCAUAUGGAUCUCAUUCUUCAGGGCAGUGUGGUUAUUGUAAAAAUAGUUCGGACGACAAGAAGACUAAUUGGGGUAUGAUGGCUGAACGACUUACUGUUUCAGAUUAUCAAUAUAUGAUCGAUCGAGGAUGGCGUCGGUCAGGUACUUACUGUUAUAAACCUUUGAAUGAUAUUACUUGUUGUCCAUCAUAUACUAUUCGGUGUGAUGCAUUACAAUUCCAUUUAAAGAAAUCACAUAAAAGAGUGUUGAAAAAUAUGUAUAAUUUUUUAAAAUUUGGACAGUUACCUCAUGAAAAAAUGUCUCAUCAAAAAGAGGAUCCUAAUAAUCUUAGAAUAGACGAUCAUCGUAUGUUUGUUUCUGAGGAAAACGUGCCGCCUGUUUUAUCGUUUAAAAAUGUCAUCGCAGUUCAACAAAAUGAAGAGAAAACUAAAAACCAAACAAAUAUAUAUCAAACAGAUUGUUUCAGCGAUGAAGUAUCUUCAUCAUCAACAAAGAACACUCCUAGUACAUCACAUACACUAAAUACACCAAAUAAUAAUGAUGAUAAUAAAAAUGUGGAAUUUCAAAGUAAUUCAUCAAGUGAUAGAAUUCAAAGUUCAUUAUCAGAUGGCAGUCACAAAAUAAAAGCUCAUCUUCGUCGUUGGUUAGCUAAACAAGAACAUUUACGUCACAGAAGCCUAAAAGAGAAUCGUUCAUUUGAAAUUUUACUUCAGGAGUAUUAUGAAAGACGUCAGAAACGUUUAGAUAAAAAUAAACCAAAACAAAUCGAAGAUUUUCUACAAUCUGAACCAAACAAAGGGGAAGGGAAGCACUUUAUCGAAAUUCGUUUAAUACGUACAUCUUCACCAACAGAUAUCGAUUAUGAAUCGCGUAUAAAAUUAUCUCAUAAAAUUUAUGAACAAUAUCAAAUUCACAUACAUAAUGAUGAUAAAGAAGAUUGUACUUGGGAGAGAUUUCAACGUUUCUUAGUUAAAUCACCAUUAGUAUUGGAUGAUUUUGAAUGGAAUUCAACUUCACCAAUGUUUGGUUCUUAUCAUCAACAAUAUUGGCUUGAUGGUGAAAAAUUAAUUGCUGUCGGUGUUAUUGAUCUACUUCCACGAUGUCUUUCAUCAGUUUAUGUUUUCUACGAUCCAAACUAUUCAUUUCUCCAUCUUGGUACAUAUACUGCUUUACGUGAAAUUGCAUAUGUACGACAUUUAUCUAAAUUAUAUAGUAGUAACAAUUCAAUUCAAUCGGAUAGAUUAUAUUCUAACUUUAAUUCAUAUUAUAUGGGUUAUUAUAUACAUAAUUGUCGUAAAAUGUCCUAUAAAUCCCAAUAUACACCUGCUUAUUUAGCAUGUCCUAUAACAUAUCAUUGGAUACCUAUAAAUGAUUGUUUACAUAUAUUAAAUCAAUUCAAUUCAAUUCAUUCUAUUAUACGUUUUUCAUCAUUCACUAAUAUGGAUAAUAAUUCAAUACCUAAUACAAUAGAUAUAGAUAUAUUAGAUUCAAAUAUUUAUUUUUAUAUCAAAGAUAAUCAUAAUAAGAAGAAAUCAUCAUCAUCAAAACGAUCAUCAUCGACGUCGUCGUCGACAUCUUCAUCAACAAUAACUAUAUAUACUAAAGAAGAUUUUAUUCAAAAUACACCAAUCUCAUUAUAUAAUUUACGUUCUUAUUUAAAUAAACAUGCUAUACCAAUAUUUCGUGAAUGGGCUAAAUUAUUAGGUAAACGUGUAUUAUCUGGACAUUUUCAAAUUAUUAUUUCUUCAAGUUAAUAAUAAUAAUAAUAUUAUGAUCAUAGUUACCAUGGUGAUAAUAUUCAUAAUCAAUAGAGAAACCAAACAGACAACAACAAUGCUUAAAAAGGAUGGUGUUUGGUAAUCAUUAUUGUUAUUUUAUUUAAUGAGUAUUUUUAUUGUUUAACUGAUAUUAUUAACACUCACCCCCUCCCACCUUCAUCCUCCUCCCCUCCCCCCAAAAAAUACAAAGCAUUUUGGCAUAUAAUAUCUUAUUGUGUUUUUAUUUCAUUUUACAAUGAUAUUUAUUAUUUUUUUUGUAAAGUAAUUCAUACAUACACUGGUCUACAUUAACAGUAGUUCAUAAAUCUCAUCAAUUAAAGGGAUAUAGUGUUUUUUUUAUUGUUAGAAGAAAGUAUUUGUUUUUGUUCACUUACAAAAGUGUAAGUGAUAGUAUAGUGUGUGCUACUGAUGUCAAUAGAUAUAAGUAGUAUGUGUUAUAUCCUAGCAAAGACAUAAGUACGGGUAACUCCCAGGACCUAUUAAUGGACGAUUAUUCUAUAUAUAUUCCUUUUGUCUAACUAUUGAGUAACUAGAUUGUGUAUAUCUAUAUUCAUCUUAUUAUAAGCUUCAUUUUGAUCUAUGGAUUAUUAUUAUACGAUUUACUGUUCCUAAAUUAUAUUCAGUUUAUUGAUUAUUGUCUCCUACGUUCACAGCCACAUUUGUCUUGAUCUUGUAUAAAUAUUAUUUUCUAUUUUAUGGUGUGAUGUGGUCUGUCUGUCUGGUAUAAAAAGCGAGUAUGUUUGAAAUAAAGGAUUCGCAUAGC